AUGAGGCGUAGACAUGGAAGUGUCGAAGAUCAUAUUGAAGAAAGUGGUUUAAGAGUUCCCGGUGGUCUAGGAAGGAUUUGGGCCGAACUGAAUGGGCCAUGCUGCCAGGAUGCUGACGUCGGGUCCCAAGAUGAGAAAUCCAACGUCUCUGGCAAGACCUCCUAUACUACAAUUCUAGUCCUUUCCAAGGUAAACUCCAAUGAGGGAGCUCAAUUUCCGGCAAUGUUCGUGUUCGGUGACUCGCUCCUAGAUCCCGGAAACAACAAUAAUCUUUUAACUUUAGCAAAAGCUAAUUACUUCCCGAAUGGCAUUGAUUUCUCUAUCGGAACCACGGGGAGAUACUGCAAUGGUGGCACUUUGGUCGACCAUUUAGGUAAGCUUCUUGGGUUACCUUUUGUUCCUACGUUCAAAAACCCUAGCACCAAUGGAUCAAACAUAUUAAAAGGUGUAAACUAUGCAUCAGCUGGGGCUGGAAUUCUUUGGGACACAGGACUAAUAUUUGGAGAUGUCUUCACAAUGGAUGAACAGAUACAAAACUUCAAGAAAACAAUUGAAGACUUGAGCCUAAUGCUAGGAAAUAAGACUACAGACUUCCUUGGAAGAUCUCUCUUCUUCAUUAGCAUGGGAGCUAAUGACUACAUCAACAACUACUUGCAUCCUCUAGCAUGGAGGUACAAAAAGUACCCUAUUGUGGCAUAUGAGCAAUUGCUGGUUCAAGAAUAUUCAAGGCAAAUUAAGGAUAUCUAUGAUCUUGGGGCGAGAAAAAUCUUCGUGUCCGGAGUUCCUCCACUUGGUUGCAUACCUAACCAAAUAGGUGGCAAUAAUGAUAGCAGUGGAGAGUGCAUCAGGUCAAGCAAUCGAAUGGCAGUGUCAUACAACAACCAAGUCAGUAUGUUGGCAGGCGAGCUAAAUGCAACGCUCGCAGGGGCUUCUUUCCUCUUUUGGAACAACUACAAGCCAGUUUACGACAUCAUCCAUAAUUACUCAUUAUACGGAUUCAAAUAUCCCAACAAGGCUUGUUGCGGUGCAGGUCGAUCCAAGGGACAGAUGAUGUGCCUGCCACUAUUGUCAUUGAUGUGUCGUAAUAGAUCAGAGUACAUAUUUUGGGAUCCCUAUCAUCCUACUGAUGCACUAAAUGCCAUUAUAGCUAAAAAGGCAUACAAACUUCUUGUUAGAUACAAGUGGAUUUCUGAAUAA